AAUCUGGAAAAAGAAAUUAAGGGAAGAUUAGAUGGAAAUCCUAAUGGCAUCGAUCCAAAUUUGCCAAUCGAAUAUCAAACUGAAUUUCUACCUUACGACAAACGCUGUGAAUUUACAAAAAGGCGCCUCAGACUCGGAAAACAAUUGGGAAAAGGAUGUUUCGGAGAAGUUUACAAAGCCAAAGCUGUUGGACUCAAAGGAUCGGAUAAACAUGUGACAACAGUGGCUGUCAAAAAGGUCCUAUCGACACCCCAAUUUCAAAUGAAAUCAAACACGGCCGCAUUAGACGCUUUAAUUAAAGAAUUGAAAAUUCUAAAUUACUUGGGAUCGCAUUUAAAUGUCGUCAAUUUACUGGGGGCCUGCACCAAAGACAUCAUCAAAGGCGAACUCUGGUUGAUUAUCGAUUAUUGCCGCUUCGGCAAUUUGCAAUCCUAUUUGAUUAAACAACGCAAUACUUUUGUCACACAAUUGGACGAGUUUGGUGACCUUCAACUGUUAAAUGAAUCGUUGGAAAUUAACGAGACUCACAGUCAGGACAGUGACUCUAGUGCAAAGCCUGGACCCUCAGAUCAUUCUGUACCUCCAGCAAAAUCGACCAGCGACGAUUCAAUUUCUUUCGAAACGGAACCCUUUUGGAAAUAUGGAGAAAAUCCAGACGCUGUUACCACUGGACCCAUUUCCACUUGGAAUUUAAUCAGCUUUUCUUUGCAAAUUGCCAAGGGGAUGGAAUUUAUUGCUAGCAAAAAGGUACUCCAUGGCGAUUUGGCGGCUCGCAAUGUCCUUUUAGCCGAUCAUGGAAUUGUCAAAAUUGCAGAUUUUGGAAUGGCCAAACAAAUGAUCAAUUACAUUUACGAACAGAAGGGACAGGGAUUACUACCAGUUAAAUGGAUGGCAAUUGAAUCGCUGACGGAUCACGUAUUUUCCAGUCAAUCCGAUGUGUGGUCUUACGGCAUUGUUCUAUGGGAGCUCUUUGCCCUGGGCAGAAUUCCUUACCCAGGUAUUACAGGGGGCCUUAUACUCGUCAAAAAUAUUCUAGAAGGACUACAAAUGGAGAAACCAGAUAACGCGCCAAAUUUCUUUGGAAAAAUUAUGAAAAGCUGUUGGAACAAAGAACCAAACGACCGACCAACGUUUCAACAGCUGGCCAACACCAUCGAGAAUUACAUGGAGCCAUUCGUUAGCUCUGCCUACUUGGAUACAACUUUCAUAGAAAACAAUGCCAACUAAGAGUUUGGUGACUCUUCCCUCGGAAUGAUUUGCAAUGAAAUUUCAAGGACACGAAACCAUUUCUAUGUAGCCCCACCUCUUCUUUAGAGAAAACCGUUUAACGAUUGUUGAAGAAAAAGAAACAAAAGAAUGAGCACGUUUCUCAAUUAGUUUUUGCACACACUAAAAAAACAAUUCA